AUGUACUCAAAAACCUUACUAAUUUUCUACGGUUUCUUGCUGGCUGAAGUUAACUCAAUUGCAGUGCCAGAUGAUCCCAGUUGCGCAGUUGGGAAUACAAAAACGACGAAAGAUUGCUGCGUCGUUCCUAAGGUCGUUGAUCCCGUUCUGAAAGCACGCUGCAAGGCCGAAAAUCCACUCGAUCCCAAUGAAGUGAAAACAGAUGGUUGCUGUGUAGCACGAUGUUCGAUGAUCAAUUUAAACGUUUUUCAAAACAACAUCAUCGACAAAGCUGCAGCCAAACGAGCUCUUCGGGCUACGGUUGGUGCAGAUCCUCAAUUUGCUCCGAUCACGAACAGAAUCAUAGACGCGUGUGCAAAUAAGGUCAAUAUGGAUGCGAGUUUGAGAGUGCCACCCAUAUCUGCCGCUACCGGAGUCGAGGGAUGCAGCCUGAGACCGGAGCUGUUCAUCGAUUGUGUCAGCUUGCAGAUGUUUCAACAGUGUCCAGCUUCGGCUCUGACUAAAGAUGCCGGAUGCGACGCCCUGAUGGCAAAGGCGAACUCGGGAAAGUGUUACUUCGAAACCUUGGAAGGAUAA